AAUUGAAGGAGAAUUUGUUAUUAUCCAAAUCCAGAGUUUCCUUCUCCUCUGAUCCUUCCCUUCCCUUCCCUUCCCUUCCCUUCCCUUCCCUUCCCUUCCCUUCUCUCCUCCCCCAAAACCGCCAACCCAACUUGUUCGUCACCGCUAACCCAAUUCUUUCGCCUCUCCACCCAGCGUCAAUUUCAGGUCCAACGGUGUAAAUGUUUUGCCGAUUAACUUAGAUGAGAUGGUGUUGGUGACCCAUCUUCAUACACAGAGUUCUUGUGCUGCAGUUCCUUUAAGAACUUCAUUAUGGAGCAAAGGAAUAACUUUAAGGCAUAAUGUUGUCCAUUUUCAAACGUUUUUAAAAAAUGAUAGAUGUAUCUCACUAAAGCACUCUUUUCCUUUAAGGCCAGUGCCUAGACGCUUGCGUGAAGGUAAAGGGAAAUCGUUGCGGAUUUCGUCCUUCAAAGGAAAUGUUCAAGAUGAAAAAGCUGGUGAUGCAUCAAGUAAACCAAUAUCACCCAAAAGCUCUGUCAAAGUAUCUUUUCUACCACAAGAGAGGGAGGAAAAUCUUACAGAACCUCGCACAUCCCAGGACGCAACAGUUUCUUGUGCAUCUGAAUCAAACAAGAGGAUUUCUCAAUCUCAGGCUAUACAUAGAUUAUUCACAAAAUGGUUGUCACUUCUGCGAACUGGAGCAGCUGCUUCCAAUGAAGAUGGGAUCCUGGAAAGUCCGCCUCAAACGGAUCAUCUUCCAGAGCAAAAAGCAACCAACUCUGACGAAAAAGGCAAGAUUCUAAAGGCAGUUAUGAGCUACUUUCUGGGACUGGAUGCGGCAAUUAGUGUUCCCUUGCUAAUAUUCAUUCCUCUCUAUUUAGCUGUAAAUGUGAAGUAUGGCUCUCAAGUUUCAAGAGAAUUGACUCCGUUGUGGAUCCUAGGUCCCUUGAUUGCGGCUUUGUAUGUUAAGCUGCUUCGGUGGAUUUUCGCUCUAUACCUCUUCUCCUUCAAGCUAUCUGUGAAGCUAAUAAAAAAUCUACCUGCUUACUACUCAACCGCAUCACAUUGCAUCGGUGAAGGGAAUUUUAGAAGUCGAAUUUGGCAACCAAUUACUUACAUACAAAACUUAGAUUACAAAGAGGCAUCCAUAAAGCGGUGGAAGAUAGUUCGAGAAUGGGCAGUUGAAAAAUACCUCGAUUUUGUGGAAUCGAUAUGGCCGCACUAUUGUAGGACAAUAAGGUUUCUGAAGAGAGCUAAUCUUAUUUAAAUUUCAUAGUAUUUGGAUCGAAGUCUCGUGUGACGGCAUUGUGCUAUUCUAAUGUGCGCGAAUAUCAGAAACGAGCUAUUUUGUUCGGCUCUCAAAUCAUUUUCAUGAUCUUCUCAAAUUGUUGUUUUUCACACUGGGAAUUUGUAGAAAAAAGUGUAGUGUACACUUGUAAUAUUAGUUUGUAUUUUUGGUUUGAGUUCAAAAAUAUUUUGUGCCUCCAUAUUGAGGAGCUUUUUUUUUUGUUGACUUGAUCCAUCAUUUUUAGUAAUUCUCCAAGGAGGUUAAAAUCUUCAGAGUUUCUGCUUCUGAGUUCUGAGUAAGCAAAGCUUGCCUGGGUUUAUCUUUUAGAAGUGGUACCAAUCAAUGCUUUUGGUUUGGUCUUGAUGCAAUCACCUGAUAUAUUACUCGUCUGUUCCUUUAAAUUCGCUAUGUAAAUUGAACUUAGUUUUUAUAAAUGUCUAGCAAAUCCAAAGGGACACUGAGUAAUUAGAUU